AUGUAUCCUCAAAAAGUUGCUCUGGUGCUCGAAGAUCAAGUUUGGACAUACAGCGAAUUGGUCGAGCAGAUUAAACGUAUAGCAUGCCAUCUACGGCGCUUAAGUAUCGUUCAAGGGCAAAUUAUUUAUCAAUUUGGUGAGCGAGGUUUUGAAAUAGUAUGUGGCUUCCUUGGAAUCUUGUGUGCUGGCGGUGUAUACUGCCCUAUAAAUCCAACAGAACCACCUGACCGCCUGCAUGCGUUUUUUGAACAGAUACAAGGUAAAUAUGUUCUGCUAAAUGCAAAAACCCGCACUCAAUUUCCACCAACCGGCAUUCAACAUAUUCUGCUCGAUGGCAUUCUCCUGCCAUUGUUAGUAGUUGAUGAAAUAAGCGAUGUUCCUGAUUGUAAAGGGUGUGGUGCCGCCUACAUGAUUAGUACCUCAGGUACAACUGGACGGCAAAAAGUAAUCGUACAUACACACAAGAGUUUUUCAGCGUGUAUCGCUGCUUUUGUUCAAUGGCAUGUUGGAGUCUAUACAUUUCGUGACCAAGUCCUUCAGGUUUCUACCUCUUCAUGGAUUUUACACAUCUGGGAAAUACCAUCGACACUUGUAGUUGGUGGUACUCUUGUAUUAAUGCGGCCAGGUGGUCAUUUGGAUGUUGAUUAUUUUUGUCAAACUCUAACACAUCAGCAAGUAACAACACUUGCAAUUAGUCCUGGAAUGGUUAGACUUCUUACGAUUUAUCUUGAGAUAAGCCAACGAUUGGAAAUAUUCAAGUCUGUACGCAACUUGUUCAUAGGAAGUGAUACAUUGAAACCGCAGGAAUUAAUCAAAUUAUUCAGUUUUCUAAGUUCGUUCAAUACUCGAUUCUUUAUUUUAUAUGGUAUGUCUGAAUGCCAUGGAGUUAUUGCUGGUCAUUUGUUAGGUAUCAAUGAUAUGGAUGUGCCUAUUGGUUAUCCACUACCUGGUGUUCAAUGUUUGCUUGUCAAUGAAAGUGGUCAAGUAGUUAAUUAUACAGGUAACUCAAGCGGUAUAGGUGAAAUUUAUAUCGGAGGUCAGUAG